UAUUUUAUUCAUGAUCAAUAUCAUAACGAUAUUGGAAUAAAAUUUUGAAUUGAGAUUUUAAUCAAGAUUUGAAUCGAGAUUGGGAUCAGGAUUGGGAUCUAAUAGAUUUGAAUGUUUUUUAAUGUUAACGGUUUUCAAUGUUGAAAGAUAAUGUAAAGCCAACCUUUACAAUUUAGUUAAUUGUUUUUGUUGAUUUGUGUGAAAUUUUUUUCUUUUUUAAUGUUUAUUAAAUCAUUAGGAUCAUCAUUAACAGUGUAUGGAAAUAGUGACAAUUGAUGAACAUCAUAAUCAACCACUUUCAAUCUUUUCAAUCAACUUCAUUUUGCUUGUAACAGCAACAGCCUUUAUAAUUUGACAAUUUAGUCUGUUUGAUUAUUUACACUUUUACACGAACCGUGAUCAAAUUAAUCACCAAUCAUUAAUCAUCAAUGAUACAUCUAAAUACAUUUUCAUCUCUAUCAGUAUUCAACACUUGAAAAGGAAAAUGUCAACCAACAAUGAACCAGAAAUAUUCAAAUCCAGUUUUAGAAGCCAAUCUUGGUUAAAUUAUUUAUGUCUUUGAACCCAUACGAGAGACUAAACGAUUGGUAAUUAGCUUUAAUAUAAUUUGACAAUUACAAGGAUGAUUAGCAGAAAAACGUCUGAGUGCAGUACAACAAACAGUUCAAUUGGUAGUACAAUAUCACAGGCUGGUGCAAAAACCGUUUGUUUCUAUUCACAUCGACGUCUCCAAUCAGCUUUACAUUAUUGUAAUUCGAUAAUUUUUUUAUUGUCCAUUCUACUUGGUAUAAUUGCUUAUGUUAAUUAUAAAACUUAUAUUGUUAAUAUUGACAGUGAUCUUAUUGUUCGAUAUGGUUACAUAAUGACAUCAGUAGCCUUGUGUGUAUCAACCAUCAUUGGAAGUGGAUCCGAAUUGAAAUCAUCACAUUUUGGUUUGGUUUUUUCUUCUUCAUUACAUUUUUUUGCUUUCAUGUUGACCUGUCUUUCACUGAUAAUUGGAAUUAUCGAUACUGAUAGAUUAUAUUUUUCAAUUGGAUCAGAGCUGGAGAGAUCAUUUUCAAGAGCGUCCAAGAAUUUCCAUCAAUCAGUGGCUCACUUUAAUACAAGUAUUGCUACUGACCAGAAAAAUCCCUUUAAUUCAAGUGUUACUUUGCCACCGCUUGUUGCCCGAACUAUGAGAGAGCACCAAUGUUGUGGUUGGUAUUGGCCACAAGAGUUUUGUAAAGCAUCAUCUUGUCCUGGCUCAUGUUGCCCUGAAACCAUGGAGGGACAAUCGAGUCGAAAAUGGGUUUCAGGAUGUUCCAAUGCUAACCGAUUCAAGGAUGUUUGCUUUGACAAAAUGAUUCUCAUCUAUAAAUCCGAUUUAAUCACUAUGCACACGCUUGCCGGACUCAUAAUUCCUUUGCUAUUUGCGAGUUCCAUUUGUACCAUCAAAUUGGCUCAAUAUGUUCAUGAAUUCGACUGAUAGCUAAUCUAGAUAGUCUACUUGACUCCUGUGAAGACAAGAUUAAAUGCAUUAACUGAUGAA